CAAACGUUCGCUUACCUGUCGGAUACUUUACGUUGUGCCUCAUCAUGUUAACUUGGCAAUUGUGGUUUGCUCUACUGUUCGUCAUAUGGAUAUAUCUUUUAUGGACGCGUCGCAGCUACUAUCUGCUGACUUUGAAAAUACCAGGACCACUGGGAUAUCCCAUAUUAGGCAUGGCACACAAAUUGCUUAAAAGAGAAAAUGUGUUGAAAGAGUUUGGCUAUUAUUUGCAACAACAUGGCAGCGCGUUAUUUUCAUGGCUGGGUCCCAUACCAUUUCUGAUUGUUGCUGAUCCUCAAAUGAUACAGGAUAUUUUAACAUCACCGCAUUGUGUAAACAAGGGUAUUAUAUAUAAAGCUGUCGAUGAUGGCGCAGGCGUGGGCCUUUUUAGCUUAAAAGAUCCACGCUGGAGCGUGCAUCGUAAGCUGCUUAAUCCCGCUUUUGGGCACAAAGUGCUGCUCAGUUUCCUGCCUACUUUUAAUGAUGAAACCACAACGCUGUUACAGUCCUUUGAUGCUUUGGUUGGCGAUGGCGAAAAGGAUUUAAUACCGCUGCUGCAGAGCUUUACGCUGGGCAUAGCUACACAAACUACAAUGGGCAGCGAUGUCAAAGGCGCAGAAAUUAUAACCAAUAACAAGUUGCUGGAGGAUUAUCAGUGUGUUUUGGAAACCAUGACAGAUAUGUGCUUUUCACCUUGGCUGAGUAGCAAACUUAUACGUCAGCUGUAUGGCAAAGAGAAGCGUUAUGCCAACUCUAAAUUAGAGAUACGUGAGUUUAUUAGAAAGCUCAUUGAAAGAAAACUUGCAAGAGAUGCGCAGGAAACUGAAUUGGAUAAUCAAAAACAGGACAAGAAUAUAUUUCUUAAUCUAGCCACCGAUUUGCUAAAGCGCGGUGUCUUCAAUUGGAAAAAUGUUGAGGAUGAAUCAAAUGUUAUUGUCUUUGGCGCAUUUGAAACAACCGCCAAUACUGUUUCAUACUCUCUAAUAUUGCUAUCAAUGUUUCCGCAAUACCAACAAAAGGCGUUUGAAGAAAUUCUUAGCUUAUUUCCAGAUAGAGGUGACUUUGAAGUUACCUAUGCGGAUGUGCAACAAAUGGUGUAUUUGGAUCUAAUUAUAAAUGAGUCUAUGCGCGUAAUGGCACCUGUGCCUGUCGUCUCUCGUCAAACAUCUGAGGAUGUACUGCUCACAAAUGGAAUUGUUAUACCCAAAGGUGUGCAAAUUGCUAUUGAUAUCUUUCAUUUGCAUCGCAGCAAGAGUAUUUGGGGCGAAGAUGCAGAAACAUUUAAUCCAGAUCAUUUCUUGCCUCACAAUUUUCAAGAGAAGCAUCCAUAUGCGUACAUACCCUUUACAAAAGGCAUUCGAAAUUGCAUUGGUUGGAGGUACGCUUUAAUAUCUGCAAAGAUUACAUUGGCGAAAUUGAUUCGAAACUACAGUUUUACAACCAGCUUUAAAUUUGAAGAUCUUUAUUUUGUUGAGGAUAUAACAUUAAAAUUUAAAACAGUGCCCUUAAUAGAAAUACAUCGGCGAACAUGUUAAUAUAAUAUGUUA